AUGCAUAUCGAGCAGAAGAAUUUGGAGCAGAAGAACUAUGAGCUGAACAACGAUAUCAAGCUAAAGUCCAAGAACCACGAGCAGCUCAGCAAGCUUUACCAGUCCCUCAAGCGACAGCAGAUGGCGCCUAGCCUUGAGCUGGCUGCUGAACACGACGCCGAACAUGUCCUGCACACUGCGAAUGCCGCGGGCCAGCGGAACGGCCAGGCGAUGCAUAGCAGAGGCAGCGCCGGCAGUGGUGGCAGUGGAGGAUAUAGUCGCACCAUCCAAGCAUGGGAGCAGCAGGGUAGAGGUGCUCGUCCUGCGUUGCAAACGUCUCAUAGCGUUCCUGCAGGAGCCGUCCCGUCCACGCCAUCUGGAAUGCGCCAUCGUAUGCCGUCUAUCUACACCAACAACGGAAAUGCUAUGAAAAACGUCAUCGAGCGCGAGACGUACCACCCCGCGACUCCUCGCCACCAUGCAAUCAACGCCAACGACACAAACGGUCUCCGCAGCGUCAGUGGCUACGGCAUGAGCGCUGGGAUGCGAAUGGGCCGCGGGCAGCAAGGACCUAUCAGUCGGUCAGAUCUGAUGCGCUGA